CAAUUAAGUCGCCUAGCAAUCACCUUUUACCCGGUUGCGUCAGCGGUUAACUCACGCAGCCCAAGCUUCUUUAAAAAGUGAAAACACCAUAAAAUGUCACUGGUGCCGUUUCACGAAAUCACGGCGGAGCGUGCCGGUCUGACAGCUCCUGCUGCCCGCGUCAUCACACUCACCUGGCGGAACUUCUUCGUGUCUGCUCUCUGCUUCAGCAGGCGAGCACAGAGGGCAUUGGUAGACGUCCUCCUGUCCACGUCACCUCGGGGACCACGGAGUGUCGUUAGGUUUUUCCCCACUGAGGUGGAGGGAAUCGCUGCGGCACAUCACCACCAUGGUGAGAGUCCGUGUCAUCAGAAGAAAUGUUUGUUCCACUCCUGGUUCCACUCCUGGUUCCAGUUAGUGCUCCUGAUUUGUUUGCUGCUCUUAGUCUUGUGUUACAUUCUGUCCGAAAGCUCUGUCUCGUGGUUGGACAGUUUCCCCUCGCAAGAGCACUACAAGAAGUUUUUCAAUCUGACCAGACAGAUUUACAACCGUCCUAAUCUCAUACCACCUUAUGAAUCGACUACCCUGCCAACUACUGAAGCACCCUCUUGGCCUCAGUAUCACCAAGCCUACCCACGCAACUACCACUUCAUCAUGGAUAACACAGAGGUAUGCAGCAGCCCAACCCCUUUCCUUGUUUUGAUGGUUCCAGUAGCACCAAAUAAUGUUGCAGCUCGUGACGCUAUUCGGCAGACGUGGGGCAACGUGAGAAAGGUUCAGGGCGAGGUGGUGCGUACUCUGUUCAUGCUGGGUUCUUCUGGAGGAGCUAACGUCGAGCAGCAGCAGCAAAAGCUCAAAGAGGAGAAUGUGAAGCAUCGAGACCUAAUCCAGAGCGCCUUCAAGGACACUUACAGCAAUCUAACCAUCAAGACCAUGGUUAUCAUGGAAUGGCUGGUGACGCGCUGCCCUUCAGCAGCCUAUGCCAUGAAGAUUGAUUCAGAUAUGUUUCUGAAUAUUGACAAUCUAGUGAUCAUGCUGAAGAAGCCAGGCAUCCCAAAGCAUAACUACCUUACAGGGAUGCUCAUGUGGAACCGGCCAGUUGUGCGCUCAAAGAACUCCAAGUGGUAUGUCUCUGAGCAGAUGUAUCCAGAACCAAGGUACCCAACCUACACCCUGGGCAUGGGAUACGUCUUCUCCAAUGAUCUUCCGGAGAAAUUUGUGGAGAUAUCAAAAUCAAUAAAACCCUUCAACAUUGAAGAUGCUUAUAUUGGAAUGUGCAUGAAAAAGCUUGGACUUGGACCCACAUCACCGCCAGAUCCCUCCCAGUUUCAGGCCUAUAACACACAAUACAACCGCUGUUCAUUCUCUAAGGUCAUCACAUACAUUCUCGCGACCUCAGAACAGCUGGUGAAUUACUGGACUGAUUUAAAGAAACCAGGACCUCCUUGUUUAAAAAAAAAAUAAAGAAUUCACUUUGGUGGAAUAUGGGAUAUUAAUUUAUUUAAUGAUUUCUAAUGUUCUGGUGUUAAGUUUUCCAUUCUCAUAUGAGACCACUUUUGAGUAGUUUUGACUACUAAUGUUACUGUAGGCAGAUAUUUUGAUGAGCAGGCCUCUUAAAUGUACAAAUACAUGAUUCUUUUGUGUCUGAACAUUUAGAUUUAUUGUAGCGUAUCUUAAUGCUAUAUGAAGGAAGCAAUGAAUUAUAUUCAUAUUAAAAUAUGUACAUUUGUUGUUAAUGGCACAGAAAUCUUAGCUCGUCUGUACAUCUCUCUUCGUGGACUUUAGAAAAACACUUCAAACUACAACUACCUGGCAGAUAAUGUUAUUUUUCUAAUUUAAAUUAACUACUAAGGUCUCACUAUUCUAUUGAACACACCUCUUAAACAAAGUUAUUCAACAUGUCACAAACA